AUAGACCAAAUGGAUGUCCAACAUUAUAAUCACGAUGUGCCAACAACAAUGCCUGGUGAUAUCUAGAUUGAUGACCCAGAGAGAGAUGAAGCAGUUAAUUUCAGAUCUGUAGACCAAAUGGAUGCCCAGCUUCAUAAUCACAAUGUACCAUCAUCAAAGCCUUGUGAUACACAGCUUGAUGACAUUGAAAGUGAAACAGAUCAUUAUAUGGACGCACUUAACGCCAUUGAGUCAGAGCCCGAAACUGAUGUAGACUGCUUGACAAAGCAAGUACUGGCACACUGCAUUACAAUAAAUUGGAUAAUAAGCAAAUAGACGAUGGAUCGUUUGGGAUUGGAACGCGACCUAUUAACUGUCACUCGUCGAAUUUUGAAUCCAAUUUUAUGGAUAAUGGUUCUCUGAACAAUGAUAGUUAUGGAUGUAAUGCCAUUUCAGUGUUUCCGGACACUCCUCCGGCUGCUUCUUGUUACACUGACGAAGUUACAAAAGAGGAUAAAUUUAACUCAAUCUCCUCCAAGGAUAAUGCCCAUUUACUAGCCCUUCAAAUGACUAGCAAGUUUUUGGAAACAGGCUGUCCCCAAAAUGUUGAUUGCCCAAACACAGGAACUGUUUUAAGCGAAUGAUAAUCAUCUAACUUCAUAGAGGAUAAUUGAGGAAUGCCAAUGAGCAGUCAUGAGUCUCAGAAACCUCCACCAAAACCUUCAAAUGUUACUUCAGUUAAGUUCUGGUCAAGUGGUGGCUUGCUAGGACUGGAGCCAUCGAAGCCUCCAGAUUUUAGUGUACUGAAUGCUCUAGCUCAAGAUCCUGUGGCCGAAAGAAAUGCCAAAAUUAGUACCCUUAGUCAGAGCAAUAAUUUUGGUGGUGAUGGAGAUAAAUGGAAACCCAAUAAAUUGGAGAACUCAAUGGCUGUCAAAUGGGGCUCUGAUAUGGGUUGCUUCACAUCUUGCCAAGAUUAUAAAGAAAAUUAUUUAUCUCUAAGGGAGAGAUCUUGCAAGGAUUUGCCUGCUGAUUUAAAUGUCAAAGCUACCACAGCGUGGCAGGAGAAUAGCCGAAGUGCAGCUUGGAUGUUUGAAAUUGGUAAUAAAAUAAUUUUAAAUGGACAUAAAGAAAAACUGUCACUUGGCGGAGAUGAAAUUUCUGACCAUGACAGCUACCUGAGAACAGUUGUGUUUGGGCAUAAAAAUCGUUAAAAGUUCGCAUAUCAAACAUUCCCAGGGAAGACUAAAGACUUAUUUGGUGGUAAAUCUCCUUCUACGUUACCUUCUUCAUCUCCACCACUUGAGCAUUUGAAUAUAUCUUUCCAGCCAAUAGAUGGCUUUGAGACUUCCAACCGGAAAUUGAAGUUUCGUGAUGGUAAUAGUAGUUAUUAAAGCAGCAAAGACACCCUUCCCUUGUUUCAGUUGGUCCCAGAACCAUCCAUUGCACAGUACAGUGUUGGUUUGGACUCAGAUGAUGAUACAUUCUAUAGAUCUCCUCCUUCUAUGUCAGAUGAUCGUCUUAGCCAUCACUCAGUAAUGAAUUCUGAGCAGUGGGAGUCUGGCAAAUCUCCCAGUAGCAAGGACCAUGAUUUCUAUGAUGCUUUGCAUAGAAUCUCAUUAUCAGAGUCCGUUUCAACAAUUCUAGAACAUGGGACAGGCCAGGAAGAGAUCCCUGAGAAUUCCUUCAUUGGAACCUAUAUUGUAACUAGCAUUUGCUACUGCAGAGUAAACCCUCAGAAUAAUUUUUUGUUUUUGCAAACCAAAGGGAAUGAUGACCUUGGUUUGAAUCGAAGAAGUACCAAUAAUAACUAUAGGUAUACAAAAUAACCAUUUUUUUCUAAUUCCUAUGACAGGGCUAAUGAUUGGAGUGAAGUCGUAACAAGAUGGCCAUACUGGAAGGUGCGGCUGGAUCACUUACUUUUCAGGGAGAGCUAAUGCUUGUUGGGUAUUUUGUUUUGACACUGUUUCACACCCAAAACCCUUCAAAAUUCAUUUACUGAAAACGUUGCAGAAAAUUCUCAGCUUUGCUAGUUGUUCGAUCUUCCAAGUAUUGACUCUAUAAAUCAUUCAACCAAGGAAGAACAGAGAAAUUAUUUCCUUAAAAAUGGUCUUCCAGAACUAUAAUUUGAACCUAGCCCUCCUCCUUCACCUCUCCCUCCGCUGCAGUGGUGGGCCAUGAAUCUAUAUUUAGAUGAUGUAGAGGAUGGCACAGCUCAUGGUAUUCAAGCCCCUAACCAUGCAUUUGAUCAAAAGCAUUCGGAAUUACAGAAGCUAAAUGAAGGAAGAGAAGCUAGUCAGGCCGUAAAUGGCCAGAGUAUGGAUGAAAAGGACAACUUUGCAUCAGAUUCGGACAAAGUUGAGUUAGCAUUUGCCAUUAACUAUUGCGAUGUUUUAUAGAUUUCAUUAUCCUGGAGGCCUAGCGGUACUAUGUCGUGCAGACAAGUAUAUGGAAAAAAUGAUAAAUUUAUAGAUUAUGAACCUUCUAAAUGGAUGUAUCAGAUUUAGAUAUACAAUAUCUGCAGUGGGGUUUUCUCA